GUAAUAUUCAUAGAAACUGAAAGUAGGCUAAAAACAAAUGAAGUGCUCUCUUACGAUUCCAGUUUGACGAUUUUUCUUCAGCGAUGUAACAAAUCGAUUUUGUCUGAUUUUUAUCUUUUAGUGGGAAAUGGAAGAACAUAACGGCAUUCGUUUUAUUCAAGAUACAAUGACAUAAAUAGACUCCAGUCAUCAAUCAUGCAUUGUCAUAAAAAAUAACACUGUGUAAAAUGAAAGUAGAUAAAACAAUUCGGUUCUUUAGAUGGCAAAAAUACAAGUAAAUAUAAAAUUUAGCUCAUCCUCAUCGUGUCCAUUAGAAGUAAGCAGAGAUUCAUCAGUCAGAGAAAUAAAGAGUUGUAUAAGUGACAAGACAGGGAUUCCUAAAUCAGAUCUUCGCCUGAUUUUGGCAGGAAAACUUCUGCAGGAUGGACAAUCUGUCAGUGAGCUAGGUCUUGGAAACCACACAACAUUACAUGCGUUUCAACAAAAACAGGCCCCACUGCUAGAAGUUAGAACUGGCAGUGGACUGAAUCAGUUCAGGUCUCAGGCUACAGCUGAGUCAGCACACCCAUACCAGUUCUAUGUAUACUGUAAGAAAUGUACUGCCCUUCAACCAGGAAAGUUAAGAGUGGUGUGUGGAAAAUGUCUCCAAGGCAAUAUUAUCCUCCAUCAGGUCAGUCACAGAGAAAUUGUGUACCCUUCCUCAAUUCAA